AUGAACAACACAGCGGUGGCCAAGAUUAAGGCUCUGGACCUGAGUGGCAAGAAGGAGGAGGAGCUGUUGAAACAGCUGGAUGAUCUGAAACUCAAAAGGAAAAACCUCAGGAAAUUCUACAAGGGAAAGAAGUACAAGCCCCUGGACCUGUGGUCCACGAAGACUGGAGCCGAGCGCCGCAGGCUCCCCAAGCACGAAGAGAAACUGAAGACCAAGAAACAGCAGCGGAAGGAGCGGCUGUACCCACUGCGCAAGUGCGCAGUCAAAGCCUGA